CUUGUUAAAUUUCUUGUCAAAAACAAAAAAGAUUCGCCCUUUUUCUAGUGUUUGUUGUCUGAAACAUUUGGCAAAACUCAAACUUUUCCUGGGUUUAGGGUUUCAUUUCGUCUACCUACCUUCUCUUCUUCUUUCAGACUUUCAUCACUCAAUACCAGGUUUAAUUUAAUGGGUGUGAUUAAUUUCUGCAAUUCUUCUUCUCUUUGCACGAUUAAAUCCAGAAGAAGUUUCGGAUUUGAGGUGAAUAAUCAGAGAAGGGUAAUUUCAAUGGCUUCCACGCUGCCUGUUGAACAAGUGAGUGAGGAUGGUCAACAGAAGGUUACUGGGGAUUCUUUUAUCAGACCCCAUCUCAGGAAAUUGUCUCCUUACCAACCCAUUUUACCAUUUGAGGUUUUAUCAACACGGCUUGGUAGGAAACCUGAAGAUAUCGUUAAAUUGGAUGCAAAUGAGAACCCAUAUGGUCCACCUCCAGAGGUGUCUGAAGCUUUGGGGAACAUGAAAUUUCCGUACAUAUAUCCUGAUCCUGAAAGUCGUAGAUUAAGAGCUGCCCUGGCAGAAGACUCAGGCCUUGAGUCUGAUUAUAUUCUUGUGGGAUGUGGUGCUGAUGAGCUCAUUGAUCUGAUCAUGCGUUGUGUGCUGGAACCUGGUGACAAAAUAGUUGACUGCCCACCAACAUUUACAAUGUAUGAAUUUGAUGCAAAUGUGAAUGGAGCCGUUGUCCUUAAGGUUCCAAGACAUGCUGAUUUUAGCUUGAAUGUUGAAGAGAUUGUGCGUACUGUUGAACUAGAGAAACCAAAAUGCAUAUUUCUAACUUCCCCAAACAAUCCAGAUGGAAGUAUAAUCAGUGAGGAAGAUCUGUUGAAGAUUCUUAAUCUUCCCAUACUGGUGAUAUUGGAUGAAGCAUAUGUUGAAUUUACGGGACUGGAAUCUCGAAUGAAAUGGGUGAAGCAAUAUGAGAAUUUGAUUGUUCUUCGUACCUUUAGCAAAAGGGCUGGUUUAGCGGGCCUUAGGGUGGGUUAUGGAGCGUUUCCCGCCAGUAUUAUCGAGUAUCUUUGGAGAGCAAAACAACCAUAUAAUGUAUCUGUAGCUGCUGAAAUAGCUGCUUGUGCUGCAUUGCAGAAUCCUACUUAUCUAGAAAAUGUCAAAGAGGCUUUGGUACAGGAGCGCGAGAGGCUUUAUAAGCUUUUGCAGGAAGUUCCUUUUCUUAAACCCUUUCCAAGCUAUUCCAACUUCAUUCUUUGUGAAGUUGCCUCUGGAAUGGAUGCCAAGAAGGUCAAGGAGGACCUUGCUAAGAUGGGUGUCAUGAUCCGUCACUACAAUAACAAGGAGAUGAGGGGUUAUGUUCGUGUAUCUGUUGGAAAGCCCGAACACACAGACGCCUUGAUGAAGUGUCUUAAACAGUUCUACUGAUCUACAAAUUACAACCAUGUUAGAAUUGUCAAAUGGGGUAUUACAUUCUUACCAAUCUGAUUUUUGUUAUUCUUCUGUAACAAUUCUGAUCCUUGAUUCAAGUCAGACACGUUGAGAUUAUUACGAAUGUUUAUUCUCGAAAGACAUAUCUCAUAUAUUUAAAGUGAUUUCUUUUA